CCGAGAGAAGAACAGGGCAAGGCGGCGAUUCAGAUCUAGAUCCAGCAGCGGUGACAAGUAGAGAGAUGGACCAGACGCAGUGGCUACCCGAGGACGUGCUCGCGGACGUCCUCCGCUGUCUUCCACCGCGCAGUCUUGCUGCGGCCCGCUGCGUGUGCCGCUCCUGGCACGCCGUCGUGGACGCUCAUCGUCUCCUGGACCGGGACCUCCUCCCGCUCUCCUUGGCCGGCUUCCUCAUCAACUUCUAUGAGCUUGACUUCACGGAGUUCUUGUUCUUCUUCCACCCCUCAGCAAUCCGCGGCUAUGCCGACCUCCACUUCAUGCCCACGGACGACAUCUCUGUGGAGGACGUAUGCAACGGACUAGUUUUGCUAGAUCAUUAUGUGGUCAAUCCCGCCGCACGACGUUGGGCAAGCCUGCCCCCACGCCCAUCUCCUCCUUGGGGUUUGAGCUCUUUUAUCAUGAACGAAACUACAUCGUGUUUGAUCCCACGGUGUCGCCGCACUACCAAGUGCUUAGGUUCCUACAUGUACCCCCCCGUGGGCGUGGACUGGACGCAGAGAAGAAGCAACAGCAAUGGCCUCCAUCUCCAUACAUGAUGCAUGUUUUCUCUUCAGAAACAACAAGAUGGAAAGAGAGAUCAUUCAUCCGACAGGGAGGUACCCUAGGGACUCUUGCCGACAUGUUACUGCUUGAGCUGCCAAUGCCAGAUGAACUAUACGCCGUGUACUGGCAUGGUGAAAUCUACGUGCACUGUCAUUUUGUUAUGAGAAUAUCGUUAUCAAGUGGCACGUACCAAGCAAUUAAACUGCCAACAGAUGUUGAUCAGCACCGGUGCGCACAGGUUCUCCUUGGAAGAUCAGAGAAGGGGGUGUAUUUUGCAGCACUUGAUGCUCAAUGUCAGCUUCGAGUUUGGAUACUCACUGAAUGCUGCGGUCAGAGUGAGUGGCUUCUGAAGCAUGGUAACAACCUUCACCAAAUCCCUCCACGUCAAAACUAUGAUCCACAAGUUCACAGACCCUGCUGGAUUAUGGCAGAUAUCAAUCCAGCUAUUUACAGUACAGUAAAAGAGAAGUUCGAGUUGAAUUCAGACCAUGAGAUAAUCUUUGAAACUAGACUUGAAGGGCACAGGUGGGAUGAACAUAUUAAGAUCCUUGGAUUUCAUCCUUACAAAGAAAUUAUUUAUUUCAGUGAAACGUUGAACAGAGGAUAUGCCUAUCAUCUAGAUGAACUCAAGCUAGAAGACUUGGGCAACAUGCGCCCAAAAAGAUUGGAUGACUGCUAUAAUAAGGAACUAGAAAGAUCUAUUCCAUAUACACCUUGUUUGUUGGGCCCAUACACAUGAUGCAUACGUCUCUGUCCCUCGAACUGCUUCACUUCCCAGCAAAAUCUAUGCAAGAGUUCAGUUUCAUUUUUUAUUUACAUUUUAGUGUCUCAUGUACUGUUGCUCAGUUAUAGCUAGAUCUACCAUGAGCUUACCAAUAUAGGGCCAUGGGUUCAGUUGUAAGGAUAAGAUCCAAAUUAAGCCUUGUGUUUGACAAAUAAUGCAAGAAAUGUUGUUGUUC